AUUCUUGGGAAUUACUAAGGUGGCAAAAGAGAUCAUGGUGCAUACAGUGGGGAUCUGAUCUGGGCACUCUGAGGCAGACGGAGCAGGGAACAGAGCAAGCGGUCGGAGGAGCAUCAUUUCUACGGAAUGAUUGAAGAUUGUGGGAAAAGAGGAAAUACCAUGGCAGAAAGAAGGCAGCUGUUUGCAGAAAUGCGGGCUCAGGAUCUGGAUCGCAUCCGCUUGUCCACCUACCGAACAGCAUGCAAGCUUCGGUUUGUUCAGAAGAAAUGCAACUUGCACCUGGUGGACAUCUGGAAUGUGAUCGAGGCCUUGCGGGAGAACGCCCUGAACAACCUGGACCCCAGCAUCGAACUGAACGUGGCUCGCCUGGAGGCUGUGAUUUCAACCAUCUUCUACCAGCUCAACAAACGGAUGCCCACCACCCACCAGAUCAACGUGGAGCAGUCCAUCAGCCUGCUGCUCAACUUCCUGCUAGCGGCCUUUGAUCCGGAAGGACAUGGUAAAAUUUCCGUUUUUGCUGUCAAAAUGGCCUUGGCAACUCUUUGUGGAGGAAAGAUCAUGGACAAAUUAAGAUAUAUUUUCUCCAUGAUUUCUGACUCCAGUGGGGUGAUGGUUUAUGGCAGGUACGACAUGUUCCUGCGCGAGGUUCUCAAGCUGCCCACCGCUGUCUUCGAGGGGCCUUCCUUUGGUUACACUGAGCAGUCGGCAAAAUCCUGUUUCUCACAACAGAAAAAAGUCACAUUAAACACUUUCUUGGAUACUCUCAUGUCUGAUCCCCCGCCACAGUGUCUAGUGUGGUUACCACUUCUGCAUCGACUGGCAAAUGUUGAAAAUGUCUUCCACCCCGUCGAGUGUUCCUACUGCCACAGCGAGAGCAUGAUGGGGUUUCGCUACCGCUGCCAGCAGUGUCACAAUUACCAGCUCUGUCAGGACUGCUUCUGGAGGGGCCAUGCCAGCGGUUCCCACAGCAACCAGCACCAAAUGAAAGAGUACACGUCAUGGAAAUCACCUGCUAAGAAGCUAACUAAUGCACUUAGCAAGUCUUUAAGCUGUGCUUCCAGCCGUGAACCUUUGCACCCAAUGUUCCCUGACCAGCCUGAAAAACCUCUAAACCUGGCUCAUAUUGUGCCCCCCCGACCUGUAACCAGCAUGAACGACACACUCUUCUCCCAUUCUGUUCCCUCAGGAAGUCCCUUUGCAAACAGAAGCUCUCCUUCCAAGAAUACUGAAGUAGAGCAGAGCAAACUGCUGGCUAGGGCUGCUCCAGCUUUCUUGAAAGGCAAAGGGUUGCAGUACAGCCUGGAUGUUGCAGACAGGCUGGCUGAUGAACACGUGCUCAUCGGGGUCUAUGUCAACAUGCUGCAGAGCAGCCCCGCACGCGUCCUUGACAGUGCAAGUCGGCUGGAUGAAGAGCACAAGCUGAUCGCUAGGUAUGCAGCAAGGCUGGCAGCAGAAACUUCUUCAUCACAGCAGCCGAGUCAGCAGAGAGGGGCAUCAGAUAUCUCCUUCACCAUUGAUGCAAACAAGCAACAAAGGCAGCUGAUUGCAGAGCUUGAAAAUAAAAACCGAGAAAUCCUGCAGGAGAUCCAGAGGCUGCGACUUGAGCAUGAGCAAGCGUCUCAGCCCACACCAGAGAAGGCCCAACAAAAUCCCACUCUCCUUGCAGAGCUCCGGCUCCUGAGGCAGCGGAAGGAUGAGCUGGAACAGAGGAUGUCUGCUCUCCAGGAAAGCCGAAGGGAGCUGAUGGUUCAGCUAGAAGGCCUCAUGAAACUGCUGAAGGAAGAAGAAUUGAAACAGACGCAGGGGGCGGGCUCCCCACGCUCCUCGCCCAGCCACACCAUCAGCCGGCCCAUCCCCAUGCCCAUCAGGUCUGCCUCUGCCUGCUCCACCCCGACCCACGCACCUCAGGACUCUCUGACCGGGGUGGGAGGAGAUGUGCAGGAAGCCUUUGCACAAAGUGCAAGACGAAACUUAAGAAAUGAUUUGCUGGUGGCAGCAGAUUCAAUCACCAACACCAUGUCUUCUUUGGUAAAAGAACUAAAUUCUGAAGUGGGCAGCGAGACAGAGAGCAAUGUGGAUUCUGAGUUUGGCCGGACCCAUUUUGAUGAUCUGGUUCCAUCCCCAACGUCUGAGAAGGCUUUCCUGGCACAGAUCCACGCCCGGAAGCCGGGAUACAUCCACAGCGCUGCUGCCACCGGCUCCAUCCGCAGUGACAUGGUUACAGAAGAUGGAGACCCCUAUGUCAGAGCAGAUGAUGAAAAUUAUGAGAAUGACUCUGUCCGCCAGCUGGAGAAUGAACUGAAAAUGGAGGAGUACCUGAAGCAGAAGCUGCAGGAUGAGGCGUACCAGGGAAGCUGCAGUCAGACAGACAAUGAAAGCUACGUAAGAACCGAUGAUGAGGAGAGCUGCUUUCGGACAGACGAUGAAGAAAACUCAGCUGCAAACUUCACAGAAGAGUGGAACCAAGAGGUGCAGCGUCUCUUGACAAAAAAAUCACAUAACUAAGUUCUGAGGACUGUAGCACAGUACUUUUGUUCUAAGAGUUGUAGUUUGUAGAUGUGUGUUUUUUGACAACAAGACUUUUGUUUAAAGCUAACUUAUAUUAGCUACAUCUUCUGUAACAUGGCUCAUUACUGGCGAAGCAAACAGACUGACGCGCGUGCUGCUGUCACACACGGCGGCGCUGUUAAUAACUCACGUGAACCCUUUGCACAUGAUAUUGAACCUGUUCAGUUUACAAUGACAAUACUGUUUAUAGUUAGAAAUUUGAUUUCUGAAUACUUUGAGAUUUUAGUAGAUCGGUUUACUAUACACUGUACAUUUUUUUUUUUCCCACGGGAGAAAUAAAAAGCGACAAUUAUGCAUUUAACACUGAACGAUGAUACUCCUGAGUGUAUAUAUCUAGUAGCCCAAAAAACAAAGAACCAGACUAUAUUUGCAAUUUGUUUGCAAGUCUUUAAAUUAAGGCUUAUACAAAAUGUACUAAAAUAAUAAUAAUAUAAUUAAUAAUAAUAAUAAACUUCUCUAAUUUAGGGCUAAUGUGUAACUUAGGAAUGUUUCUUUCAAAAUAAUCUAACAAAUCAGCCAUAGAAGUUAGUGUAAAUAUUUUUUUUCCAAAUAGAUAUCAUAUACAAAAGGUGACAUUCAAAUGAUAUAGAAUCUAGUUUUUAAAUCAGCACAGAUCUUCUUAAAACUGUGAACUAUGUUUUGAAAUACUCGUUGCUAAAGCUGUUUAUAAACCACAGGUGCCAUAAGAUCCCUGAACUGACUGAUGUUACGUAUAAUCCUCCAUGGUAUUGUUUCAUUGAUGUUUUAGCUUUAGUAAGCAUGUGUUCAACAAACCAGCUCUUUCCAUCUCUCUGCCCCUCCUCUUCCUCCCCACCCCCUUCCAUUAUGUUAUUUUCGAGGCCUUCAGCUUUAAAUGUACAGGCUUAAAGUGCGCUUGCAACUGUUUCCUUUUGAUUUCCGAAUGUGUACUGCCUUAGCCAGCCACCAGAUGUUCUGCAUGCCCUCUUGGAAAUGUGUGGUGAGACUCUUUCAGAGCUGGAUGGAGAAAUAGCGCUCAGUGAAAAGCACAAGAAGAGCAGUGGGUUCUUGCGGAAGGACAGGCAUACAGUUACAGAAUUGGAGUGUCGUCCAGUUUAGUAUUUUUCCAGUAUCAAGGCAUUUCAGGAGAAAGGGGACUGACGUGGCCAUUAGGCAGGGUUAGGCAGUGAGGCUGCUGGCUAAAAAGUGUUUGCUCUGCUGUGACCACAAACCUACAGAUACUCCUGAGUGGGCAUUGACACAAACUAGCAUCCACGUGCUCCCCAGAGCACCCUGCUCCAAAACAAAGGUGACACCUCUGUGGCACAUGGCACUGCCGUGCAGAGGAACCAGAGCCAGGCCAGGGACAGCUGGAGCAGCAGCAGGGCAGGGACACCAGGAGGUGUUCCAUGCUGGCCCUCCUGAGCUGCACACUGUUAGCUCGGGGCCGCCUCUGUGCCAAGGUAACUUUACUGCCCUAAUGCAAAACUGGGCUUCCAGUGCCUGGCUGACCUGAAGUGACACUGUCUAACAGCCCUGAAAACAGUGGUGUUUCAUACAGAUAUUUCACACCAGCACAGUUUGCCUACAGCAAGUGAUGAGAUACCCAUCUGAAGCAGGUUAACGUGGCUUGUCUGUCCUUGCUUUCAUGGUGACGUGGAUGUGUGCUGCCGUGUUUACAUGAGAUUGCUAUGUAGCUCGACCCAGUAAGUCCACUCGUUUGCAUGCAUUCUCCAGGCUCGUGGCUGUUUCCCUGGGCACUAUGUGUUAGGGAAUGAGUAUCUGUAUGAAAGAGCUGCUGCCAUGUUUCACUUUCAUAUCAUUUUAUUGUGUAUGCAGAUCUCUUGUCUGUAUAUCCUUGCAUACCUGGGCUUGCUCCCAGACAUCCAAAUGCAUACUAAGGGAUCCAGAUAUCUUCAUGUAAGCUUUUCAUUUUUGCA